AUGGCCAAUAACGCUGAUCUGCUGGGCUUAGACAACAAAGGCCACGAGAACUAUGUGUACAAUACAUAUUCAAAUGAGUUUGUGCGUUCAGAUAUCGAGCACGGCGAUAAUGCAGAGAAUGAAUACAAUCACAGUAUAGAUGAUGCAAAGCCAUUUGCAUCUGAUGAUAGCACAGAUCGCUAUGGCGUAUCCAUCAGUAACAAAUUGCUUGAAGCGUCUUUUGAUUUCAACAUUACCAAGGACAGCAAGACACUUGUUGAUAAGCUGUUUUUGUUUCCUACAGAGCACAUCGAUGAAAUGAUUGGCAACGAAAAGUUUGAAACAGAACAGGAUUUCUGGCGGUUUGUCGACAAGGUGUCUUCGAAAUCGCAGGAGGACUUCAGAUUCGUCAAAGACAAUGGAAUAAACGACGGACCGUUCUGUAGUGCGCCUUCGUACAUCAAAAAGCUCGAGGAUGCACGUGCAAACAAUACAGAUGGCGACAAAAUGCUUGACAACUUGCUGAAGCUUUCAAAAAAGCUGAACGAGGCGUGGAAAGACAUAUAUGUUGUUCAGAACAAGGUAAAGCAAGGCCAUUACUCAACAAUGCUCAAGGUCAACAAUCCAUUCAUCAUUCCCGGGGACAGGUUCCGAGAAUGCUACUAUUGGGACGCAUACUGGAUACUUGAGGGGCUACUCAACAAUGGAAUGAACAAGACGGCAAUUGGAAUGGUUGAGAACUUCAUUGGGCUGAUCAGAAAGUACGGAUACAUUCCAAAUGGAUUGCGCUCAUACUACCUGAACAGAACACAGCCUCCAUACUUUCCCAUGAUGCUUUUUGCUUUGUAUAGAAACAUAGCAUGGGAAGACAUCAAGCAUGUGGUGAUUUCAGGCCUUGAGGCAGCCGUCGAGGAGCAUUCUUUCUUCAUGUCAAACAGGUCGAUUGAGGUCGAUGUAAAUGGCAGGCAUUUGCUCAACAUAUACAGGGUAAACUCUAAUACGCCACGCCCAGAAGCAUAUAGAGAGGACAGGCAGCUUGCACAAGAAAACAGCCGUAGAGAUCCAGAAAGUAGGCGAACAGAAAGCGAAACAUACACCGACAUCAAGUCCGCUGCUGAGUCAGGAUGGGACUUCUCAUCAAGGUGGCUUAAGCAAAUGUCUGAUCUAGCAUCAAUUCGCACAUCGAAGCGAAUUCCCGUUGACCUCAAUGCAAUCAUGUAUGCCAAUGAGCUAAUUAUUUCAAAGAUGCUUGAGAUUACUCAAGGCACAGACUCAUCAGAAGCUGCACGAUUCAAAGAUAUGAGUGCCAAACGGCUGCAGGCAAUCAACAACGUGCUUUGGAACAGUGCAGAGGGCAUCUGGAAUGACUACGACAUAGAAGACAGGAUGCAUACAUCAACCGGAUUCUAUGCUUCAAACCUUAUUCCACUGUGUUAUGGCAUACGCCCACCGGUAGAUACAGACACCACGGUUUAUGACAUCCUGGAGAAGUUUGCACACGAGAUAUUUGGAAACGAUGGAGGAAUGCCUGUCAGCGGCCCAGCACACAAAAACAGUCCCUUGCAGUGGGACUACCCGAAUGUAUGGCCUCCACUUGUUCACACCAUGGCGUUCUUCUUUGACCGCAUAGGCGAGCGAGAAAUGGCACUGCAUAUGGCUAGAGCGCUGGUUAGAAACAUUUCCAUCUCAACCUCGUUCCAAGACGAGAGGAAGCGAGGGAUAUUCGAAAAGUACGAUUGCACAAGAGCUGGCGAGCCAGGCGGAAAGGGCGAGUAUACACUACAGAGAGGAUUUGGAUGGACAAACGGCGCAGCAAUACACUUCAUAGAGCAUUUCUCAUCAGAAAUCAUCUCGAAAAAGCCUCAUGCUGAAUCAUAUAAAAACAUCCUGAGCAUCAUAAACGAAAAGAAAAGCACUAGACAAGUUCCUGCAAAGCACAAACCAGAGAACUGUCUUCUUCUGAAUGAGCAGCCUAUAGAUAUACAGACAAACUCAAAAUGCAGCACCCAGCAACCUUUAUCCACACCCAUCUAUGCUUCAAGUUGA